GUUCGGCGGCGCUGAGUGAUUGGCUUACGCUAAGUUCAGUGGCGGAGUGUUCGCAGCAAAACUCGCCGGUAGACAGCUAGCUCUUGCAAUGUCCAACAGAGAUCUCCAGGAAUCUGACGGGACUUGCCCAGCCUUGAGAAAAGACAGCUUUAGUGACGAAGACGAGACUUCUUCAAUAGACGGCAUGGAAGACCCAGAUAUCGUAAAAUCCCCUAAUGACCCUAAGAAAUACCGGUAUAUUCAGCUUGACAAUGGAUUAAGAGUGCUUCUCGUCUGUGACUUGACUGCUGGUGAGAUCAUCUCUGAAUAUUCAGAGGACGAGAUAGAGGAAGAUGAUGAGCAGGGGCAGGAGCAGGAGCAAGAACAGGAAGAUGAAUGUGCUUCAGAUUCGCAAGCAAGUGAAUCUAGUGGUGUGGACUCCGGUAACAAGCAAGGCUGUGAAGAGAAGCUGUCUGCUGCUGCCUUGUGUGUUGGUAUAGGAUCUUUCAGUGAUCCUGAAGAAUUGCUGGGGAUGGCACAUUUCCUGGAGCACAUGGUCUUUAUGGGGAGUGAGAAAUUUCCUGAUGAAAAUGGCUUUGAGGUUUUCCUUAAGAAAUAUGGUGGAAGUACCAAUGCUUCCACAGAUGCCGAGCGCACUAUUUUCCAGUUUGAUGUCCAACGAAAACAUUUUAAGCAAGGCUUGGACAGAUGGGCUCAGUUCUUUACUGUCCCACUGUUGAUCCGUGAUGCAGUUGAAAGGGAAGUGGAGGCUGUUGAUAGUGAAUUCCAGAUUGGACGACCUAAUGACACCAAUAGAAGACAAAUGCUUUUUGCAAGCCUUGCCAAGCCUGGUCACCCUAUGGCUAAGUUUUCCUGGGGAAAUGCUCAGACCCUGAAAAAUGAUCCAAAGGAGAAAAAUAUAGAUCCGCAUUCAAGACUAAGAAAGUUUUAUGAGAGACAGUACUCGGCCAACUACAUGACUCUUGCUGUGCAGUCUAAAGAGACCUUGGCCACUUUGGAAGCAUGGGUGAAAGAGAUUUUCAGCAACAUCCCAAAUAAUGGGUUACCAAAGCCAGAUUAUAGUAACCUUACAGAGCCUUUCAAUACCCCUGAUUUCAAUUUACUGUACAGAGUUGUCCCCAUUAAGAAAGAUCAUACUCUGACUAUAUCAUGGGCUAUGCCUCCGCAGCAACAAUAUUAUAGGGUGAAACCCCUUCGUUACUUUUCAUGGCUGAUCGGGCACGAGGGGAAAGGCAGCAUUCUUUCCUUGUUACGAAAGAAGUUUUGGGCUGUGUCCCUGUAUGGAGGGAGCAGUCCUCUUGGUGCUGAGCAAAACUCAACCUGUACUGUUUUUACCAUAAACAUCACAUUAACAGAUGCAGGAUAUGAACAUUUCUAUGAGGUACUACAUAUAGUGUUCCAGUAUGUGAAAAUGAUGCAGGUCUUGGGACCACAAGAAAGAAUCUUCCGGGAAAUCCAGCAAGUGGAAGCUAAUGGGUUUCGCUUUCAGGAACAGACAGAGUCUAUCAAGAAUGUUGAAGACAUAUGUGAACACAUGCAGCUGUAUGCAAAAGCAGAUAUCUUGACUGGAGAAGAGCUGCUUUUUGAAUACAAACCUGAGAUAAUCACAAAUGCUCUCAAGUACUUUACACCUCUGAAGGCAAACUUAAUGCUCCUUUCCCCUAAUAAUGAAGGAAAAUGUGAUCUGGUUGAAAAAUAUUUUGGGACCCAGUACAGCAAAGAAGAUAUUGAUCCAAAAUGGAAAGCUCUCUGGGCCACGGACUUUCCUUUAAUCCCAGAAUUACAUCUCCCCGAAGAAAAUAAAUUUAUUGCUUCUGAUUUUACUCUGAAGACAUCAGACUGCCCAAACACAGAGUAUCCAGUGAAGGUAUUGGACACUGAGCUGGGAUCUUUAUGGUACAAGAAAGAUAACAAAUUCAAGAUUCCUAAAGCUUAUGUUCGUUUUCAUCUGAUCUCCCCUGAAAUACAGAAAUCACCAGAAAACCUGGUCUUGUUUGACAUCUUUAUUAAUAUACUGACCCACACACUUGCGGAAUCAGCCUAUGAGGCAGAUCUUGCACAGCUGGAAUAUAAAGUGGAGGCUGGAGAACAUGGACUAAUUAUCGGCGUGAAAGGAUUCAACCACAAGCUGCCCCUUCUGUUUGAGCUUAUUAUUGACCAUUUAGCAGACUUCACUGCAUCUACUGAUGAGUUUGAAAUGAUUACAGAGCAACUCAAGAAAAUCUACUUCAAUCAACUCAUCAAACAAACAAAAUUAGGGCCAGACAUAAGACUUAUUAUUCUGGAGCAUGGUCGCUGGUCCAUGAUGCAAAAGUAUGAAACAAUGCUAAAGGGUGUAACCUUAAAGCGUAUGCUCUCCUUUGUGAAGGCAUUCAAGUCUCGGCUGUAUGCUGAGGGGUUAGUGCAAGGAAACUUCACCUGCAAGGAAUCCGUUGAGUUUCUGAACUAUGUUGUAAAGAAGUUGAAGUUUUCUCAUUUGGAGUCCCGCAUUCCUGUGGAGUUCCAAGUUGUUGAAUUGCCUAGUGCUCACCACUUGUGCAAAGUGAAAGCUCUGAAUAAAGAAGAUGCCAAUUCCCAGGUCACAGUCUAUUACCAGUCAGGUGCAAGAAAUUUAAGAGAGUACACAAUGAUGGAACUGCUUGUGCUGCACAUGGAGGAACCCAGCUUUGAUUUUCUGAGGACAAAGCAGACUCUGGGGUAUCAAGUGUAUCCAACCUGCCGGAAUACAUCUGGAAUUUUGGGAUUUUCAAUUACUGUGGAGUCACAAGCAACUAAAUACAACUCUGAGUUUGUGGACCAAAAAAUAGAAGAGUUUCUGGUGUUGUUUGCUGAUAAAAUUGCAGAGUUGACUGAUGAAGAAUUCAAAAUACAGGUGAAAGCACUUAUAAAAAAGAAGGAAUGCGAGGAUACCAACCUGGGGGAAGAAGUGGACAGGAACUGGAAUGAAGUCGUAACCCAGCAGUACCUGUUUGAACGUUUGACUCGUGAGAUCAGUGCUCUGAAGACCUUUGCUAAGGAAGAUAUGAUCUCUUGGUUUAAAGCACAUCGUGGCUCUGACAGAAAAGUGCUCAGUGUGCACGCGGUUGGUUUUGGUGAGAAGGAGCCAGAUGCUGCAACAUGCUAUCCAGCAGGACAACCAGAUUCCUCCAGUUCCCUCUGUCUGUCUUUCCUUCCUGCUACUCCGCUGAUGGCAAGUGCAGUGCUAAUUACUGAUAUCCCUGCCUUUACUGCCCCCUUGAAGCUGUUCCCAUACCACAAAGUAAUCAACUAAUAUGGUGCAGAUGGUGCAGGUAUAGAUGCUGGAUUCCUGGUGGUGGAUUUACACCAUUAUUAUGUGUGGCUUUCUAUUAUGUCAUAGCAGUUUGCUUCCUUUUUAAUUCUUUUUCAAAUGAGCAGAUUCUUGCACUAGAAGUCAGUAAGAAAAUGGUUGCAAUGGUCAGACAGUUAAAAAUGUAAUUCUCUGGGGAAGGCGCACAUACAUAACCUUUGAAUAUGUUUGCUGGCCCAGUGCACUAUUUUUGUAUGAUACAGAGGUUGGCUUUCCAUGUUCUUCUCUUUAAUACUGCAGUGCCCAGUAGCUUUAAGGCAAAUAUCUCUAAAUGUAGUGUUUUGUAGUCUUUCCCUUAAGUAGAUUAUGUAGUAUGACAACUGUAGUUUUCAUAGAACAUUUAUCUCUGUGUUUCUGUAUUCUAAAUCGAUUGGUGGGAGCUGCCAUGUUCCGUGUAUUAACUAUGGAACUGCAAUGAAACCAUCUACUGGAUGGCAGAUGUUGCUGUUCUAUUGAAAUCCUAUAUGAAGGGCCUCAAGUCAAGAAGUAGAGCAGCUCCCAGAGUAAAUCAUAAUUGUGAAUAUGGAGAAUGUUCUAUGUACUUUGCAGGCUCUUUGCAUGCAUCAUUUGUUUCACAGGAAAAUCAAAUGUGGCAUAAACAGGACACAUAUUCUUCUCACUUUCAGGUACUCUGUUAUAAAUGCUGGAAAACACAAGUCAUAAAAUGCUCCCUAUAUACUUCACUAUCUGUGCCUUAUUGUUUGGCUCAAAAACACCCUCCUGAUAAUUUUCAAUCUGGAAUUUACUUUAUGCGUGAAGUGAUGGGCAGGUACCAUUGAAGUCAGUGGUAUGAGGCACAGUUGGUAUUGCCAAAGCCAGAAGGUUUAUAUCGACCAGGAAAACUAAGCUUUUCCCAAGAUCACUUGUGCACCAUUGUUCAUGAUCUGUCUGGUUGAUCAUUAGCGGUUGCGCUGCAAAGCUGCUUUCCAUCUAUAUGAACAUUCUGGCUUCUUGACACUGUUGGCCCAUGCACCCAAAUUAGGGCAGAUUUGCCAUUUGUCAAUGACCCUGAAAAUGAAAAGGAGCCCCUUGUAUGAGAGUGUUAAAAUUUCUUGCUCCCUGGGAACCAUGGCCAGACAUGUUGUGUUAUUUGCUAUGUUGUUAUGUGAAGAUAAUCCAAAAAUGGAAUGAAGACAUGUUGUGUUAUUUGCUAUGUUGUUAUGUGAAGAUAAUCCAAAAAUGGAAUGAAAGUGUAGGACAUUGUCCUCCUGCUGUGGUAGAGCAAGGGCACGUUUCUAUCUUGGCUCCCAUCUUUCAUUGGCAUAUUUCCAGCAGCCCUCAUAGUUGCUGAUCUAUAAAUCCUAGAGCCCAUUACUAACCAUGGGCUGACUAUGCUUUCUUAUAAUUGGGAGUGCUCCAGUUUAUAUUUGUGUCCUGUGGUUCAGAUAACCACUUAUUUUACAGCUCCAGAUGAGUCUGUCCUGUGAAACGUGUUAAUCGGUAAGUGCAUGGCAGAAGUUGGUGCAACUGAUAUCGGCAAAGGCCUUGGAUAUCGGUUGGAAAAUGUUGCCGGCAAACGUUUAGUACUGAAUCAUCAGAAAGGGGUACAAUUCUUUUGUUACUAUCUGCAUAUCUGACAAUUCAGCUCUGAAUGUAAUCUGUGAACGAUCUUUCCUGUGACCAUCAUAAUUGUAACGUGUAUGGCCACCAUUAGAAUUGCACUUCCUCUAUAACCCUCUUGGAGCCAGGAUCAGAACUACCAGGGGUGGCAUUAAAAAUAACGUAUUGAUGCGCAUUUGUAUCCCCGAAUGGGAUUGUAGUAAAGGAGCACUAAAUAUCUAUACGGUUUAGAGCCUUUCCACUAUAAUUGCAGGGAGGAGCAUUCCUAUCCCAGUUCUUUCAAGGAAACUCAAUUUCAUUGUAAACCAGAACCACAUCACUACUAGUUAAUAACCAUGGCUUUCAUAGAGGUGGAUCUUUCUAAGCAUAAUUUCAAUUUUCUCUGGUAACAUAAUGAGAUUUUUCAAUAUUCAUUGAUGUAUGACAAUUUUUUUUGGAUUUUAAAUAAACAAAUAAAACACA